AUGGCAUUCCUAUCAAGGAUCGCACCUAGCUGUGCGAUAUCCCUUGGAGAGGGAAAGUGGCAUUCCGUAACGACUGGGAUAUCUGUGCCAUUUCAUGGUCUCAUAGAUGCAGAAUCGCAGUUCACCUACCAAGCAGAUUCAGUCAGUAUCAUGCAUUAUCUCGCCUUAUCUCCUCUGUUUUCGCAGGUCGACGGCAAUUCGCUGUUUUCAGCCACCACCGCACUCACCAUCACGUCCAUGUUCGCGCUUCAAAUUCUUCCAUUCACUUCGUCAAUGACACCUGGUGCUUGCUGUAUGGAACGCUGUAGUGACGCUACAUCAUUGACUACUUUUGCUCCUGGCGCCGCGUAUGAAGAUCAAGCCCUUCUCAGAUCUCCGGCAUCGACCAGCAACGAGAACACACACCACCUCAACCAUCUUGGCCCUCAGUCUCGUCAAGGCAGUCACCUGCCUCACGUUGGAGGCUCGCCAUCGCCACCGAAGCUGGCAUCGUUAUGGCCUAAGUUGCGCAUGCCUUCGUUGGUGUUGAGACAUCCGCAGUCCCGUCUGGAGCUGCGAGUCCUCAACCUGCACGACCAGGAUUGCUAUCCCUUCUGUAGCGAUUCCAAGGCCUUUCCCGUUGUUCCUUCGAGCUUCAGCAGAGGAGACAUACAGAAGGAGAAGCCAAGAGCAGAUACCAGUCGUAUUCGGACAUGCAGGAGAGGUCAAGAGCAGAUACCGGUCGUAUUCGGACAUGCAGGAGGAGACAUGCAGAAGGAGUACCAUCACGGCCACGCCCACCAGCGUGCAGGCCAGCACAUCUUUUCCCGUAGGCGUCCGCUGACAGCGAAAGUAGAAGCGCUCGCACCAGGAGAUAUCUGCGCAAGUUGA